GGUCAUAAAAAACACGACGAAUCCAAGCUAACAAAAAAGACUCGAAAUUUCAAGGAAAAGAAAAAAGCCCGAGGAAAAGAAUAAGGGGAUUACGAAAAAGAAAUAGAACACCAUAACAAUGGCUGGGCAGGCUGGCAACCAAAAGCCUGUUGUGGUGUUUUUGAUGAUGUCCAUGGUUGCCCUCUCCUCUAACCUUAUCUUUUGCGUAUCCGCUGACUCGGACAUGUUUGACGGCGCCAUUCAUGCUAUCAAGAAAGAUUCUGACAUGUUCGGUGGUCCUGGUCCUAUUGUUACAGUUAAAAAGGAUUCUGACAUUUUUGGUGAUAAAAUCCAUCCGGUUAAGAAGGAUUCUGACAUGUUUGGCGGCCCUAUUCAUACUAUUAAGAAAGAUUCUGACAUGUUCGGUGGUCCUAUAGUUAAAAAGGAUUCUGACAUUUUUAGUGAUCCUAUCCAUACGGUUAAGAAGGAUUCUGACAUGUUUGGCGGCCCGAUUCAUACUAUUAAGAAGGAUUCUGACAUGUUUGGUGGUCCUAUCAUCACCGUUAAAAAGGAUUCUGACAUUUUUAGUGAUCAUAUCCAUACAGUUAAGAAGGAUUCUGACAUGUUUGGUCCUAUUCAUACCAUUAAGAAGGAUUCUGACAUGUUUGGUGGCCCUAUCGUUACUGUUAAAAAGGAUUCUGACAUUUUUAGUCAUCCUAUCCAUACAGUUAAAAAAGAUUCAGACAUGUUUAGCGGUGAUAGUUCUAGACAAGCUAUUCAAACUUCCAUGAUAGCAAAGCCAAUCCACAAGGACGGCAACGGCAAGGUCGCACCUGCGCCGGCACCGGCAAGUAAACUCCCAAGAUCAUUGGGCGCACACAAGAAAAAUUAAAACGCAGUGGAAUAACAUUCUCUGAAUCUCUGAUCUUCAGUAUGUAAUUAAUCUUUUAUGAUAUUAUAAAUUCAUGAUUUCUUGGGAUGAAAUCUAAUGGAUUAAAAAUUCUCUAUCUGAUUCUAAUGCAAAACUUUUAGAACCAGAAUGAUUCUAUAGAACUUACAUCCUGUGGAAAGUGUAAUUCAAUAAACUAAAGUUUUGAUGGAUUUAUGAGUUUUGUUAUGAAUUAUUUAUAUACGUAGUACCUAAUGAGAAUUCAACCCACAUUUUAUGCAA